AUGGCGCCGUCCGCCAUGGUUCAAGAUGAGAUGGAGCCAAUGCAGCUACCCCAUACUAAAGCCUCAAAGAUCAGUGCAUCCGUCUUACAUGGUCCAAGGGACUUGCGAUUGGAAUGCAGGACCCUGAAUGAGCCCGCACUGGGCGAAGUUCAAGUAGCCUUGCGCUCCACUGGUAUAUGCGGCUCGGAUGUGUCUUAUUACAAGAAAUUCGCGAAUGGUGAUCUCUGCGCCUGCCAGCCACUUUCGCUCGGGCAUGAGUCCUCUGGAGUCGUAGUGGCCAUUGGACCUCAGGUGAGUGGCUUUGCGGUCGGUGACCGUGUCGCUCUGGAGGGUACGCUUCAGGAUAGGAUAAACCACCCAGCGGUGUGGUGUCACAAGCUCCCUGACAACGUCUCCUUCGAUGCAGCCGCUCUUCUUGAGCCACUUUCCGUCGCCAUACAUGCUGUCGGAAACCGCGCGCGACCUGAGGCUGGUUCCACAGCCCUGGUUCUUGGCGCCGGGACAGUCGGCCUCUUGACGGCAGCCAUGGCCCGGCAGUCAGGUUGCACGACAGUCACAGUCUGUGACGUGGACCAGGGCCGUGUCGACUACGCACUUAAAAAGGGUUUCGCAACCCACGGCUACGUCGUGCCCCGGCCGCUGCACAUGUCAUCCAGCAGCUCCUCGGUCUCCGGCAUAUCAACCCCUGGCGCGGACGGCGCGAUGACGCCCGCCAGCAGCAUCUUCUCGACGCUGGACAGCAAGCUAGAGGGCGCCAAGGCAACCGCGGCGGACAUCAUCGCUGCUUCCAAGACCUCGCCAUCAGCCUUGCUGGUGGACGAGGACGAGGACGACGGCUUUGAUUUCACAUUCGAGUGCACGGGGAAAGAGGUGUGCAUGCACACGUCCCUCUACGCGACGAGGCCUGGGGGCAAGGUGAUUAUGGUCGGCAUGGGGACGCCGAUCCAGACGCUCCCCAUGUCUGUGGCACACCUGCGGGAGGUGGACAUUCUUGGCAUCUUCCGCUACGUGAACACAUACGCCGUGGGAAUUCGGUUGCUCUGCGCCCAGAAGCAAGGCGGGGCCUUUGGGCUACCCAGUCUUGAUGAUAUGGUCACGCACCGCUUUAAAGGGUUGGAAAAUGCGAAGCAAGCCUUCGAGCUUGCGGGGCGGACGAUCGAUGACGAGGGCAGGAUGGUCCUUAAGGUUGUGAUUGAGGCGUGA